AUUUGUGGAGUGUGAGGUGUGCGCGAGUCUCAAGGAGCUCCAGGAGGACUGUGCAUAUUUAUAAAUGGACAUAUUUUAAUAUUUAUCCAUCUGCUCCGAUACAGUAAGUGUUAUAUUUGACUGACAAUUUAUAAUCUUGCAAUAUACACCCGACGAUUCUUCAAAGUGCGUCGCUUCCCUAAAUCGGCUGCGCGCUUCGACGCUUGGAUAAGCUGGAGGACAGCGACUCCACACUGGACCACGGAUCGAAGAUUUGAUUGAUGUCCUCGUGAGAAACCCGAGCUGAAGAUGUGGGUGAACCCUGAGGAGGUGUUGCUGGCCAGCGCGCUGUGGAUGACCGAGAGAGCGAAUCCUUACUUCAUCCUGCAGAAGAGAAAGGGCCACGGAGACGGCGGAGGAGGACUCGCAGGUCUGCUGGUUGGUACUCUUGACGUGGUGCUGGACUCGAGCGCCCGUGUGGCCCCGUACAGGAUCCUCUACCAGACCCCCGAUUCCCUGCUUUACUGGACCAUCGCCCACGGGAGCUCUCGUAAGGAGAUCACGGAGAACUGGGAAUGGCUGGAGCAGAAUCUGCUGCAGACGCUCUCCAUCUUCGAGAACGAGAACGACAUCACCACCUUCGUCAAGGGCAAAAUACAGGGCAUUAUAGCCGAAUACAACAAAAGCCAUGAUAUCAGAGAAGAUGAUGACACGGAUAAGUUUAAGGAGGCCAUCGCUAAGUUUCGCAAGCUCUUCGUCAUGCCGGAGGAGGAGAAGCUGGUCAAUUAUUACUCCUGCAGCUACUGGAAGGGCAAGGUGCCGCGGCAGGGCUGGCUGUACCUCAGCAUCAACCACCUCUGCUUUUACUCCUACCUGCUCGGGAAAGAGGCUAAGCUGGUGAUCCGCUGGGCCGACAUCACUCAGCUGGAGAAGAACGCCACGCUGCUGCUCCCAGACAUGGUGCGUGUCAGCACACGCUGCAGCGAGCACGUCUUCUCCGUCUUCCUCAACAUCAACGAGACCUUCAAACUCAUGGAGCAGCUCGCCAACAUAGCCAUGAGACAGCUGCUGGAAAACAAGGGCUUCGAGCAGGACCGCUCUCUGCCCAAACUCAAGAAGAAGUCGCCCAAGAAAGUGUCAGCCCUCAAAAGGGACUUGGAUGCCAGGGCUAAAAGUGAGCGAUACCGGGCACUUUUCCGCCUGCCGAAAGACGAGAAAUUGGACGGCCACACAGACUGCACACUGUGGACCCCCUUUAACAAGAUGCACAUCCUUGGACAGAUGUUCGUCUCCACUAAUUACAUCUGCUUCACCAGUAAAGAGGAGACCACCUGCGGUCUGAUUAUCCCACUCAGAGAGGUGACCAUCGUCGAGAAAGCCGAUAGCUGUAACGUCCUUCCCAGCCCCUUGUCAAUCAGCACCAAAAACAAAAUGACCUUCCUUUUUGCCAACCUCAAAGACCGGGACUUCCUGGUGCAGAGGAUCUCAGACUUCCUGCAGCAGACCACCUCCAAAAUCUACUUUGAGCGGGAAAUCACAAGCAGCCUCAGCAGCUCAGACGACGAGGUGUACUCCUGCAGUCCGCAGCGCAGCGUCCUCAGCUCUGAGGGAGACAGUGACAGACAGUUCAAUCUCAAUGAGAGCAGGGUUCCCACUGCAACACAGGCCCUGAUGACCAUGUACCGCCGGCGCUCCCCGGAGGAAUUCAACCCCAAACUGGCUAAAGAGUUUCUGAAGGAGCAGGCCUGGAAGAAUCACUUCAGCGAAUAUGGCCAGGGAGUGUGUAUGUAUCGCACAGAGAAGACCAGAGAGCUGGUGCUGCAGGGCAUCCCAGACAACAUGAGAGGAGAGCUCUGGCUCCUGUUUUCUGGGGCGAUUAACGAGAUGGCCACUCAUCCUGGUUAUUAUGAGGAUCUGGUGGAGAAGUCGAUGGGGAAAUAUAAUCUGGCCACCGAGGAGAUCGAGAGAGACCUGCACCGCUCUCUUCCAGAGCACCCGGCCUUUCAGAACGAGAUGGGCAUCGCUGCCCUGCGUCGAGUCCUCACUGCGUACGCCUUCCGCAACCCCAACAUCGGCUACUGCCAGGCCAUGAACAUCGUGACCUCCGUCCUGCUGCUGUACGCUAAAGAGGAAGAGGCCUUCUGGCUGCUGGUGGCCUUAUGUGAGCGCAUGCUUCCCGACUACUACAACACCAGAGUCGUGGGUGCUCUGGUGGACCAGGGUGUGUUCGAGGAGCUGGCUCACGUCUACGUUCCUCAGCUGUACGACUGCAUGCAGGCUCUGAGUGUCAUCUCCACCAUCUCUCUGUCCUGGUUCCUCACGCUCUUCCUGUCCGUCAUGCCCUUCGAGAGCGCCGUGGUGGUGGUCGACUGCUUCUUCUACGAGGGCAUCAAGGUCAUCUUCCAGCUAGCGCUGUCGGUGCUCGACGCUAACAUCCAUCAGCUGCUGAGCUGCAAAGAUGACGGAGAAGCCAUGACCAUCCUGGGCAGGUAUCUGGACAGCGUGACUAAUAGGGACAGCACUCUUCCGCCAAUCCCUCAUCUUCACUCUCUCCUGACGGAUAACAGGGAUCCGCAUCCUGAGGUGGACAUCUUCAAACUCGUGCGCAUCUCCUACGAGAAGUUCGGCUCUAUCCGGGCGGAUGUGAUUGAGCAGAUGCGUUUCAAACAGAGGCUGAGAGUGAUCCAGGCCAUCGAGGACACCACCAAACGCAAUGUGGUGCAGACCAUCGUGACGGAGACGCCCUUCAGCAUCGAUGAGCUGGAGGAGCUUUAUACUCUCUUUAAGGCUGAGCACCUGACCAGCUGUUACUGGGGCAGCACCAGUGACCCCAGUAGCCGUCACGACCCGAGCCUGCCGUACCUGGAGCAGUACCGCAUCGAUCUGGAGCAGUUCAAAGUGCUGUUUGCGCUGCUCUGCCCCUGGGCCGGUGGCACACACACAGACGACCUGGCCCUGCGCGUCUUCCGUCUGCUCGACCACAACGCAGACGCACUCAUUAACUUCAGAGAGUUCAUCAGCGGCCUCAGUGUCCUGUGUCACGGUGACCUGAUGGAAAAACUCACAUUUCUGUACAAGAUUCACAUACUUCCAGAGUUGCACCAUGAGCAGGAGGAGCCCGACUCGGCGUGUGAAGCUAUGCAGUAUUUUUUUGAGGACAUCGCCCCAGAGACUUCCAGCGGCCUCGACCAAAAGAACAGAGCCGAGAAGCACGAUGGUUUUGUCACUUUUAAAAGUGAAAAAGUUAAGAAAACGCACGCUCCAGAUUACCGGAUGUACCUGCGCCUGUGGAACCAGGAGACCAAAGCAAAGUUAGACAACAUGAGGGAUCUGCCCAAACUCAACCAGAGUCAGUUCAUCGAGCUGUGCAAGACUCUCUAUAACAUGUUCAGCGAAGACCCCAACGAGCAGGAGCUGUAUCACGCCACGGCUACAGUCACCAGCCUGCUGCUGGAGAUGGGAGAGGUGGGCAAGCUCUUCUGCAGUCCCGCUCACAAGGACGAGGACGACCGCAGCCCAGCAUGCAGGAGCAAGCAGGAGCGAGCGCGCCGCAAAACUUGCGAUGGAGAGACAAACUCCUGCGUCACGGGUCCGUUAGAGGACAUCAAACUGGAGGACUCGUCGCCCAAAGACACGGCCACGUCCUCCGCCAUGCUCAUCUCAGACGACGAGACCAAAGACGACACGUCCAUGUCCUCCUACUCCGUCCUGAGCGCCGGCUCCCAUGAGCUGGACGAUAAGCUUCAGUUCGAGGACAUCGCAGAGGACACCGUGCUCAUACGCAACGGUGAGCCGUACACUGGCGCGGGGCAUCAUGGGAAAGCAGGUUUACCUCACAGCGCCAGCGUCGAUAAGGACUGGGCCAUCACUUUCUUGCAGUUCCUGGCCUCGGUGCUCACCGAACAAGCCCUGGUGCACUACUUUGAGAAGCCUGUGGAGAUCGCCGCGCGAAUAACCAACGCCAAGAACAUUCGCAAGGUGGGACACCAACACAUGUCCUUAAGUGACUAUGAGAUCUCGCUGUCAGGCUAACGUGCUAAACUAAAAACUAUUACCUCUGCGUUCAAAACUCUGAUUCGGGGUUGAAGGAGUAGCUAUCCAAAAAUUCACAUUUGAGCAUCAUUUACUCACUUCUAUGUUCCAAACCUGACUGGCAGUAAUUUUUCGUGAAAAGUCAAUGUUAGUUUUUCCAUACAAUGAAAGUGGAAGAUGACCUUCUCAGUUGAGCUAAAAAAAAAAAAAAAAAUGACGACAAGAACCAUAAAAAAUAGACUAUAUAGUGAGUUUUCUAAAGGCAUAUGCUAGUAAAUAACAAUUGAAAGUUCAGUAUGUUUCUCUCACAAAAACCUAUUUUAUGACUUUUUAAUAAUCAUAAUAGCCACUUUUAUGAUGUUUCAUUGUAAUUUUUGGAGCUUGAAAUAUUAUAUGCACACAGAAAACCCUGAUUGGUGUAGUGUCACUGUUUCUAACAGUAAAUAUAAAUAUGAAAUUACACAAUAUAGAUUUAUGCACUAUUUAUGUUUGCUUAAGCCAUACGCUAGCAAAUAAUGACUUAGAUAUCAGUGUGUUUCUCAUACAAACCUAUUUUAUGACUUAAGAUGUUUAUUGGUAAGUUAUAUGAUAUAAAUCUCCAUUCUCCAUUGUAUGGAAAUGAGCAGCCUGGGCAUUCGUCUAAAUUUCUCCUUUUGCCUUCUACCUUGAGAAAUAACCUCAUACAGGUUUGGAACGACACGAAGGUCAGCAAAUGAUGACAGAUCUUUUGUUUUUGGUGAGCUGUCCCUUUAACUAAACCUAAUUUGAUCUCCUCUUAAAUCAGCGUGAAGCUUCAAAGGCUUGAUGUUUGCGUGAGCUCGUUAGGGAACGGACAGUAACGAGUUUUCCCGGAGGCUGCUCUUUGAUCCGAUGACAGAGGGACCGUGAUGU